GGCAAUCUGAUCCUCUGAAGCAGGUAUUACAGGGAGUUGUGAGCCACUCAGUGUGGGCGCUGGGAGCUGAGCUCUAGUCUUCUGCAAAAGUAGUAUGUGCUUGUUUUUAAGGAUAGGUAAAUGUUGGGGGGGGGAUGGGUGACACACACCUUUUUUUUUUUUUUUUUUUUUGGUUCCUUUUUUCGGAGCUGGGGACCGAACCCAGGGCCUUGCGCUUCCUAGGCAAGCGCUCUACCAUUGAGCUAAAUCCCCAACCCCGACACACACCUUUAAUCCCAGCACUCGGAUAGCAGAAGUAGGCAGAUCUUUGAAUUCUAGGCUGGCCUGGUCUACAGAGUGUGUCCCAGGACAGUCUAGGCUACACAGAGAAACCCUGUACUGAAAAACGAAAAUCAAACAAAAGCAAUUCCUUCCCCUCUCUUGUCUAUUUAUUCUUUAUCUCUUUGUUAAAAUUCAUCCAGCACUCAGGAGGCAGAGGCAGGUGGAUCACUGUGAGUUCCAGACCAAUCUUGUCUACGAACUGAGUUCCACGACAGCCAGGGUUACACGCAGAAAAAUCUUGUCUGAAGAAAAAAAAAAAAAAAAACAAAACACACUCUUUCUUCUCUUGUCUGUCUUGCUUUAGCCAUAGUAAAGAAUGGCUGUAGUAGCCGGGUCCUGUAGUCCAGGAAACAAGCUUCCCACAUACGCUUACUCCUCCAGACUGCAUCCCUAUAUGGGGCUGUUGAUUUACAAAGUGCUUACAACCCUCUUCCUUCCUAAGGUCUUUAUUUAUAGUCUCACGCAGGCCAUGUUGGCUUUGAACUUGUGUAGCAGAGGAUGACCUUGAACUGAAGGUCCUCUCGAUUCCACCUGAGGAAUGCUGGGAUCACAGGUGUCUGCCACAGCGCGCCAGGCCUCCAGUAAGGUUAAUCAAGGCAAGUAUGACAUGAGACACAGCUCAGACAAGCAGUGAGAUCUGCUUGAAGCCACAUAGCACACCUGCAAAGAUUUUGCCGCAUUGAAAGCAUCCACAGGUACCAGGGAUUAGGAUGUACAUAUUUUGCAGGGAUCUUUUUUUUUUUUCAGUCAUUGGAGGAUACAGCCGAGUUCUCCUCGAUGCCAAUUUACCCAACCACAAAGCUAUGUGUUGAAGCUAAUCCAAGCAAGGAAUUUGUCAGAGGGCUGAUGAGAAAAGGUUAACGGAGGGGAGGGGUGAGGUCACAUCCCUAACCACUCCCAAGUAGUGGUCUCCAGUACAGACCAACCUAGUGCGCGCAGAUCCUGGCGGGCGGCGCCCACGGAGUCAAAGGUUAGUAAGGGAUGACUUGGACCGCGGGGGCGGACGUGCGGAAGACUUUGAGCCCCACACGGUGGAACAAGGUCCGGGCGCCUGGGAGGCUGCAAGGGGAGGAGGCCCAGCACCAAGCCAAUCCCUCCCCGCACCUAGGGCGGGGUGGCGGGGUGGGGGCACGGCCCGGGGUAGGCCAAAGGAGCACGCCCCCUGCUGAGCAGAUGCGCUGAUCUCGGGGCAGGCGACUCGGAGUCCCUCUGCCCGCCUCACCGCUUGGCAGCCGCAGCCUCCCACCCGGGAACACUAAGGCGCACGGGGUUCGCGGGUGGGUGCGACCUCCAGGCUCCCGCUGGGGGGCGCCGCUGAGCACCCCGCUCCGCUCUGCUUAGGGAUUGGGAGACCCAACCCAGCACAGCACCGCUGAGUAGGGGGCGCGGGUUGGCGAGGACCAGACGCCCGAAGGCUGGGGAGCGGGACUCCCACACCCCAAGACCUUCCUCUCAAGAUCCCCUGUACGCUCCGCAGUCCCUGCAUCCUCCACCCCAACCUCCUGGUGCAGCGCCACACCGCCGUUCCCGCUCUGUCCUUGGAGGGUGUGGAAGGGUGGGUUUGGGGCCGGGGGCGGGUCUGGGGGCGGACCCGGAGGCGGGGCUGUCUCUGCGGCAGGGCCCAGUUCGGCUCCCCCGGUCUCUCUCUGUCUCUCCUCCUCCCUCCUCCUGCUCCGGGCGGAGCCCGGCAUGGGGGGGCCGGCGCCCGGCAGGCCAGUGGAUCCGGGACCCAGGGAGGGCCGCCCCCCGGGCCUGGUGGCAUUAAGCAGGGCCCCUCAGCCCCCACCUCUUGUCCCACGACAUGAACCUUCUCUACCGAAAAACCAAGCUGGAGUGGAGACAGCACAAAGAAGAGGAGGCCAAAAGGAGCUCCAGUAAGGAAGCAGCCCCCACAGGCCCGGUGGGGUCUGGGGCUGUCCCAGGGCCUGGGGUUCGAGUGCGGGACAUUGCCUCGCUUCGACGGUCUCUCAGGAUGGGUUUCAUGACAAUGCCCGCGUCCCAGGAACACACCCCUCACCCCUGCCGCAGCGCCAUGGCCCCACGCUCGCUCUCCUGCCACUCGGUGGGCAGCAUGGACAGUGUGGGUGGUGGGCCUGGAGGAGGUGGAGGAGGGCUCCUGGAGGACAGUAGCACCCGGAGACCCCCAGCUAAGCCGCGGAGACACCCCAGCACCAAGCUCAGUAUGGCAGGGCCAGGGGCCGAGACACCGCCUAGUAGGAAAGCAGGCUCCCAGAAGCCAACCCCUGAGUGCCGUGAGUCCAGCCGGAAGGUUCCUCCACAGAAACCCAGGCGAAGCCCCAAUACCCAGCUGUCUGUGUCCUUCGAUGAGUCUUGUGCCCCAGCCCCAUCUCCUCGAGGGGGGAAUCUGCCCUUGCAACGCCUCAGUAGGGCUUCUCGAAUAGCUGGAGACCUGGAUGCAGGUGCCCAGGAAGAAGAGCCCGUGUACAUUGAGAUGGUAGGGGAUGUCUUUCGUGGAGGAGGACGAAGUGGAGGAGGUCUGACGGGACCUCCUCUUGGAAGUGGAGGUCCAACCCCACCAGCUGCGGCCGAUUCGGACUCUGAAGACAGUGAGGCUAUAUAUGAAGAGAUGAAAUACCCUCUGCCUGAAGAGACGGGAGAUGGCAGGGCUAACGGGCCUCCUCCAUUGAUGGCACCCUCCCCUCCACAACAGCCUCAUGUCCUCCAGCCUCACCCCCACCCCCAUCGCCGUCCAGCUUCAGCCCUCCCAAGCCGGAGGGAUGGGACACCCACCAAGACCACCCCUUGUGAAAUACCCCCACCCUUUCCCAACCUCCUUCAGCAUCGGCCUCCACUUCUGGCUUUCCCUCAAGCCAAGUCUGCUUCACGAGCCCCUGGCGAUGGGGUCUCGAGGCUUCCGGUUCUCUGCCACUCCAAGGAGUCAGCCGGUUCCACCCCAGCUCCCCAAGUGCCUGCACGAGAGCGGGAGACACCUCCCCUGCCGCCUCCCCCUCCUGCUGCCAACCUGCUAUUGCUGGGACCCUCAGGCCGAGCCCGGAGCCACUCAACACCGUUGCCACCCCAGGGCUCUGGCCAGACCCGGGGAGAGCGGGAGCUCCCCAACUCUCACAGCAUGAUCUGCCCCAAGGCAGCAGGGGUACCGGCAGCCCACCCUGCCCCAGCAGCCUUGCUCCCUGGGCCCCCCAAGGACAAGGCCGUGUCAUACACCAUGGUGUAUUCUGCAGUAAAAGUAACAACACACUCGGUCCUGCCAGCUGGUCCACCCCUGGGUGUUGGAGAGCCAAAGACGGAGGAGAUCUCAGUUCUUCACGGAAUGCUGUGUGCCAGUUCGAGGCCCCCUGUCCCAGGGAAAUCCAGCCCCCACAGCGGGGCUAUGGGUUCAGCGGCCGGGGUUCUCCACCACCGCAGCUGCCUGGCCUCCCCCCACAGCCUUCCGGAUCCAACUGCAGGCCCCCUGACCCCCCUCUGGACCUACCCAGCCACAGCAGCUGGGCUCAAGAGACCCCCUGCCUAUGACAGUCUCAAGGCUGGGGGGGUGCUGAGUAAGGGCUGUGGAAUGGGGGCACCAUCCCCCAUGGUCAAGAUCCAGCUACAAGAGCAAGGGACCGAUGGGGGCGCCUUUGCUAGCAUCUCCUGUGCCCAUGUUAUCGCCAGCGCGGGGACGCCAGAAGAGGAAGAAGAGAUGGGUGCCACAUUUGGGGCAGGCUGGGCUCUGCAGAGGAAGGUCCUAUAUGGAGGACGGAAAGCGAAGGAAGUGGACACAGAAGAGGACGGUGCCCGGGCCUGGAAUGGCAGCACAGAAGGUCCAGGCAAAGUCGAGCAUGAGGACAGGGGCUCUGUGGCAUCAGGGAUUCCCGUGAGGAGCCAGGGGGCAGAGGGUCUGCUGGCCAGGAUCCACCAUGAUCGAGGAGGGAGCCGCACAGCGCUGCCGGUCCCUUGCCAGACUUUCCCAGCCUGCCACCGGAAUGGAGAUUUCACAGGAGGGUACCGCCUGGGCCGUUCUGCCUCCACCUCUGGAGUCCGUCAGGCUGCGCUCCAUACCCCUCGGCCCUGCAGCCAGCCCAGGGAUGCCCUGAGCCAGACACACCCUGUGCUGCCCCUGCCCCUGCCACCCCAGCCGGCCCGGGAGCGCGAUGGCAAACUUCUAGAGGUGAUCGAGCGCAAACGCUGCGUGUGCAAGGAGAUCAAGGCACGCCACCGUCCCGACCGGGGGCUCUGCAAGCAAGAGAGCAUGCCUAUCCUCCCCAGCUGGCGGCGGGGCCCUGAACCCCGCAAGUCUGGUACCCCGCCCUGCCGGCGGCAGCACACGGUCCUCUGGGACACUGCCAUUUGAGGAAUACAGGGGCGGCUGGGACGCCUGGAUUGGGAGGGGAGGGGCCUGCCCAGGUCUACUUAAGACUUGAGAGAUGGAGAAGUGGGAGGAAAGGUUCCUACUAGGCCCAUCAUGGGGGGCUUGGGGUGCCAGCAGCAGCCCAAGCAAUUUGGGGGAGGAGGAGGGUUUGCUUGACGUUGGCAGGAAGAGUGUAGACUCCUCUUGAAGUGAAGGCCAAGGUGGAGAUCUCCAUGGGGGAAGUAGGGAAGGGUUUGGAAGAAGCUGGGGGUGGGGCACAUAGGAGACAGACUGGAGUAACAGGGAAACUAGCUCUUUUAUUGAGAGCCUGGGGGAGUGGGGAAGGGUAUUUAUUUUGCUAUUUAUUUUAGUCUGGAGGGCAAUUCUGGGCCCUUCUGACCUACUCCUGAGCAGGAGGUGGAGACCCAAGGCUAAAUUUGCACUCUCCCCAAGGCCAGUGCCUGAAAACCUCUGCUAUCCUUGCCCAGCCAAAGGGAGGGAGGAAUGCGGCUGCUUUCGGAGCAGAGUCAGAAGGCAGAGAGGCCCAGACAGUGACAGUAUUUAUAGUUUUCCCAGAAUUUGGUAGUGAGUGUGGUCUGCUGUAAAACAGGCAUUUUAUUUAGUUCUGGGGUAAGGGUCUAGCCAGGGAUGGGUGGGAUGUUUGGGGAAGAGGGAGAACUUAAGUGGGUGGAGGGGGGAGCGGGGUAUUUAUUUAAAUUAAAAAAAAAAAGAGCUGUCAGGAACUUUUUUUAAAUUCCUUUCUUUUCAGAAUAAUAUAUUAAAAGACUCAUGAUCCUA